AUAUUUUGAGAAUUUUUAACAACGUGCAGCAUAAACAUGUGCAACAACUUUGCUUGAUGUACAACAACUACUCUAAAUAGUCUCAAAUUUUCUAUGUCAAAAAAAAUUUUGCAGUUUGUGAAGUAUGUCGAAUGAGUAUCUGAAUUUAUAUGCGGCCCUUUACCAAUGUUGCUGACACGUUGCAGGUUUUUAGCUCACAGAGGGGAAAUAAAUACCCCUAUAAUUCAGUUUCCCCAGGCUAAACAAGUAGUUACAAGCGUCACGCGCUUUCUUGUUACGAACACGUGCAUUAUUAACGACUACGGUAUUCACUUAGGGGAGUAAGGAAAGUAAGCCUGUGAAUAGUGUGAAGUUUCUGCAUAUGUUACAGUUCGUAUUGUAAGUUGCUGAGGGUAUGAUCACAUUGUAGAUAUGAUAAAAGAGGAAGUUAAUUCCGCCGUAACUGCUGAUAUGGUUACCUCGACGCUUUCAGGACAUGAAGAUUACGAUUGGGUUAUUACAUUAAAUCGAUCUUGUCUGAGCUUACUUGGAAUUUGGCCGGAACCUUACAAAACUCCACGAAGCAAAUUGAUGAUAAAUAUACGCGUGAUUAUUAUAUUAAAUAUAAUUAUUUGGAGUUGCGUCAUUCCAACAUUUCAUUCUCUCAUCAGAAUAUGGGGCAAUAUUACGUCAAUGAUCGAUAAUCUGCAAUAUAGUUUACCACUUUUAAUAGCAAUAAUGAAACUUGUUCUCUUGUGGCGGAAGAAGGAAGGUACUAGGUAUAUAUAAACUUGAGUGUCACUGUGCCCUAGCUCUAAAGCGAAAGAAAAGAAAUGUGCAUAGAAAAAGCAAUUU